AUUGCCUUUUUUACAAUCAGAAAAAAGUACCUUACCAUUUUCCUUAUAAAAGGCUUUCCAUAUCCUUGUUCUUGUGUUAGAGAGCAUUCAUUUCCUUUUUAUUAUAGAAGGUGUUACAAAUAAUACCUAGAGGGAUAUUAUUCACAACUAUGAACUGCAUAGUCACAGCUUUGGCCAUUCUUGUCUCAGCUUUCAUCUUAUUAUUCACACGAAAAACCAAAUACAAUCUUCCUCCAGGACCACCGGGUUGGCCGGUAGUCGGUAACCUUUUUCAAAUAGCUAGUUCUGGUAAGCAAUUUUUCGAAUAUGUAAGAGAGCUCAAACCUAAAUAUGGCUCCAUUUUCACACUCAAAAUGGGUACUCGUACUAUGAUUGUUGUUAGCAGUGCUGACUUGGCUUACGAAGCUUUAAUUGAAAAGGGUCAAAUUUUCGCUACCCGCCCGAGUGAAACCCCGACCCGAACCAUUUUCAGUUGCAACAAAUUCAGUGUCAAUGCAGCAAUUUACGGGCCACUUUGGCGAUCCCUUAGAAAAAAUAUGGUCCAAAAUAUGCUUAGUUCGAGUAGAGUGAAAGAGUUUCGUGAAUGUAGAGAAAUGGCAAUGGAUAAGUUGAUUGAAAGGAUACAUGCAGAUGCUAAGGCCAAUAACGACGUCGUUUGGGUGCUGAAAAACGCGCGUUUCGCGGUGUUUUAUAUACUUUUGGUUAUGUGUUUUGGUGUUGAAAUGGAUGAAAAAAUGAUUGAAACCGUUGAUGAAAUGAUGAAGGAUGUGCUGAUGGAGCUUCAUCCAAGAAUAGAUGAUUUUCUUCCUAUACUGAGCUUGUUUGUUGGUUAUAAACAACGUAAGAGAGUUCGCGAAGUUCGCAAGCGACAAAUAGAAACACUUGUCCCUUUGAUCGAGAAACGUCGAAGAGCUAUACGAAAUCCAGGGUCCGACAAGACAGCUGCCUCGUUUUCGUACCUAGACACUUUAUUUGACGUUAAGAUCGAAGGUAAAAAGUCAGGACCAACAAAUCCGGAGCUUGUAACACUAUGUUCAGAGUUCUUGAACGGUGGGACCGACACAACCGCUACUGCAAUAGAGUGGGCCAUAGGGAGAAUGAUCGAAAAUCCAAGCAUACAGAAUAGAAUAUACGAAGAGAUUAGAAAUACAGUGGGUGACAGAAAGGUUGACGAAAAGGAUAUGGAUAAGAUGCCUUAUUUAAACGCCGUCGUAAAGGAGCUUUUACGUAAACAUCCUCCUACGUACGUUACAUUUACCCAUGCAGUAACGGAGCCAACAACAUUGGGUGGGUAUGACAUACCCACAGAUGCUAAUGUGGAGUUUUUUGUACCCGGGAUCUCGCAUGACCCGAAAGUUUGGUCCGACCCUGAAAAGUUUGACCCGGAUAGGUUUCUAUCCGGGCGGGAGGAUGCUGAUAUUACGGGUGUGACCGGGGUGAAGAUGAUGCCAUUCGGGGUCGGGCGGAGGAUUUGCCCGGGUUUGGGUCUGGGAACGGUGCAUAUAAAUUUGAUGUUGGCCCGAAUGGUUCAAGAGUUUGAAUGGUCCGCUUACCCGGCAAAUAGCAAAGUGGAUUUUACUGAGAAAUUAAAAUUUACUGUGGUGAUGAAAAAUCCUUUAAGAGCUAAGGUCAAGCCAAGAAUGUAAGUGGUGUAAUUCAUUAACAUUAUAUGUCCAAAAAUAAGCUUAAAAUAUUUUUGCAUGUAUUUUUUUUUUUUUUUUUUGGAAAAUUUCUGUUUGAUUGGUUUGUGGGAAGAAAGGUGGUGACAUUCUCAAUACUCAUCUUUAAUCUUAGCCUAAUCUUGUGAAGCUUAUUUCUAUUUUUCUACAUUUGUUUUUAGUGUUGAUAUGUCAAGAAUGGAUUGUAGAGAAAGAACAAGAUAAAUGCCUUAGAGCUUAUAA